UUUUUGCUGCUAUUUCGUUUAUUGAAACUAUGAAUGGUAAUACUUCGUUAACUGGAAUCGCAACACUUAGAAGUAAACACAAUGAAUUUGUACGUUAUAAAUAUAAAGCAUUUACUUCAGCAGAUAACAAACAUAUAAUCAAUAAAAUUGAAAAAAAUACUAUUAUAUUAAUUAUUAGAAGAUUUAUUUUAGAAAAUUCUGAACUAAACGUUACCAUCCUUCAAGCUAUAUCUCUGGAGUUAAAAACGAUUGAAACUAACCUAUCGAUAUAUGAUCUUCUGACAUGUCCACCAUUUGGAAAUUACUCAGCACCAUGCAAGUUUUUGAACAUUAAUGAAGGUGGACCCUCUUAUUUUACCUUGGAACAUAGGAGUUAUAAUCUUUUAACUUCGAAUUACUUAAUAUCAGAAGUCACAUGUUCUUAUAAUGCUGGGAAUUCCAGACACUCUGAAGUUGCAAAAGCAAUAGAGUCGAAAGCAGUUAUAUCUGUUUAUGGUGAAUUAUAUAAAGGAAAUAAUAUGAUGCAAAUACUGAUAUCAGAUAUCGAAUAG